UACUCACAUAUACAGGUGACCGGUGGAGUGGGUGGCUUCGAUUUUCUCUUUACAGGAGAACAAAAUGGACAAUGGGAAAUGGAAAUGGCCAACAGCUCCGGAUAUUAGCUCAUUACCACGCCUCCUGGGUUGGUUGCUACUCUAAAUCCGUAAUUCGUCAUUUUCCUAGUUCCGGAUCUCGGAUAUACAAGGGGGGCACGGAUGCUUGUGCAGGUCAAUACAAUUCAAGAAGAAAUGUUUCCGCCAGUCAUAUAUAGCGCAUUGAAUCUGAUCCAUUUGGUCAGCAAGCCUCAUCAGACCAACUAUCAAUUUUGCCUUUCGUACCCAUUAUCUCUUUACAACCCAAAACCAUGUCGGCAAUAAUCGAGACUAGAACAUUUGCAGCACCACAUGAGCUUUCGGAGAAUUCGUCUCAGACAGCAGAGAUUAUGCCAAACCGUCCUCUAUAUACUGUCGACGACUUAAUUCACAGUCGAAGUCAGACAAUUCCAGAUGUUCCUCUACUUGCAUAUCCCGGUAGCUCGAGAGGACGAUCAGAUUAUUUUCAUUACACAGCAAGGGAUCUGGAUCGAUUUGCUGACCACGGUGCAAAUACGUACUCAUCUAUCGGACUCAUUCCAAAUGUAAGUAUGGGCGUCAAAACAUUGAAUUUAGGCUAAUGUUUAUACAGUCAAAUAAGGAUGGUGAAGCAGAAGUUAUUGCUCUUUUAGCGCCGUCAAAUCUGGAUUACGUCGCUACCAUCUUCGGCUUGACGCGUCUGGGGUUUGCAGUAUUGUUGCUUUCUAAUAGGUUAGCACUGGAAGCAUACAUUUCUCUUCUCAAGAAGACAAAGUGUAAACGCAUUGUCGCUUCAGAUAAUCACCACGAAGUCAUCAAAUCAAUCCAAGCUGAGCUUGAAGUGUCCCAAUAUCCCUUGUUGAAGCAAUCCCAAUAUGACAUCAAAGCUCCAUUAACUCCCCGAUUUUCUCGAUCAUUGGGAACCGUUGCAGAUUCAACGCGCAAUUCAUUUAUUAUCCAUUCAUCCGGUUCAACGGGACUUCCAAAGCCCAUUUUCCAAACGCACGCGGCGUGUCUUUCCAACUACUCAAGUAGUUUUGGCUAUCGGGCAUUUUUGACAUUGCCUUUGUAUCACAACCAUGGACUUUCAUCAUUUUUCAGAGCGAUCUACUCGGGAAAAGAGAUCUCCAUGUUCAAUGCUAAUUUACCAUUGACGGGGAAUAAUUUAAUUGAAGGAAUGAAUGCAGUGAACCCGGAAAGUUUCCAUGGCGUGCCUUAUGCGCUGAAGCUACUUGCGGAAUCUGACAGUGGAAUCGAAGCUUUGCGAAAAUGCAAGUUAGUCUUAUUUGGGGGCAGUAGCUGUCCCGAUGACCUUGGAGAUCGUCUAACACAAGCCGGUGUUUACUUAGUUGGUCAUUAUGGCGCGUAAGUUUCUGUUCAUGACGUCGUCAAAAGACAAGAUAAAUAUUAAGCAAGAAUCUGACUGAGUAUGUAGUACUGAGAUAGGCCAGCUCAUGACCUCUUUCCGUCCACGAGAAGAUACAGCAUGGAACUAUGUUCGACCUUUACCAUCAUGUGUUCCGUACAUUCAGAUGGUACCACGAGCAGCCAAUACAUUCGAAUGUGUGGUGUUAGAUGGUUUACCGUCAAAGGUCACCUCAAAUUCUCAAGAUCCACCGAAUUCUUUCAAAACGAGUGAUUUAUUCACCCCUCAUCCUUCAAUUCCAAAUGCUUGGAAAUAUCUUGGGCGACUAGAUGAUCGUGUUACACUCGUGAACGGAGAAAAGGUUCUUCCAAUCACAUACGAACAUCAGGUCAGAGAGCACGAACUCAUAAAGGAGGCCUGUGUGUUUGGUGUUGGUCGAUCAUUUCCAGGCCUGAUCAUUGUUCCAAGUGAUAAAGCGAUUGGUCUAAGCAAAGAAACCUUGCUGGAAACGCUCUGGCCAGUAGUAGUUGCGGCAAAUUCGAGAGUUGAAGGGUUCAGCCAGAUUUCUAAAGAGAUGGUACAUAUUUUGGAUGUCGGUGUCGAUUAUCCCUGCACGGACAAAGGAACCAUGAUCCGACCUGCUUUCUACAAGAAAUUUGAAGACUUGAUAGAUUCUAUGUAUCAAAGCUUCGAGAAACCACUAGAUGUAUCGAGCGGUGCCCUCCAGCUGAAUCGAGAAGAAUUAGAAGAGUUUUUGCUGGCCGUUUUCAAAGAACGAAUUGGGAUUCAGAAUCUCGAAAAGGGCACCGAUUUUUUCGAGGCAGGAGUUGAUAGCUUACAAGCAAUCGCAGCACGUGGCACCAUAUUGCGAGAACUGGAUCUAGCUUCAAAGGUACCAAGUCAGAAUGUGGUUUUUGAAUAUCCGAGUGUGCAAGCGUUAGCCGAACAUUUGGAUGCUCUUCGAGGGGGCAAGGCAUCGGAGCAGAAGGACGAGAUCAAGGUCAUGGAGGAAUUGAUUAAAAAAUACACCCAUUUCGACCAACAUGUUCCUGGCUCCAGAGUCGUAGAUGGGGAGACAAUUGUGAGUUUUUCCGUUCAAUGACAUAUCUCUUGUUUGCUAACCAAUGCGCAAGGUUUUGACUGGUGCUACCGGCUCACUUGGCGCGCAUGUUCUCUCUCAGCUGAUCCAGAAAGAAUCAGUCAAAGCGGUCUACUGUCUUGUUCGAGCUAGCGAUAACAAACAAGCAGAGGAAAGAGUUCGAAAGAGUCUUUCAAGCAAGAAGUUGUCACUCUCGACAUUCUCGAAAGUGCAUUGUCUUCCGUCAGAUCUUAGUGGCCCAAAUCUUGGUCUCGAGUCUUCCGUAAUUCAAACGUUGCGAGAUAAUUUAACAACGGUCAUCCAUUGUGCAUGGGCUGUAAAUUUCAACCUGGGUGUCCAAAGUUUCGAAUCUCAUCACAUCAGAGGAACUGUGAACCUGCUAAAUUUGUGCCUUACUGUUCGCACUGCCUCUCCCGCCAAGUUGUUCUUUUGUUCUUCAAUAUCAGCGGCUGCGGGCACUCCUUUGCCGGCUACAAUCGAAGAAACAUACAUCACAAAUUUGAAUCAUGCCCAAAAUAUGGGUUAUGCCCGAUCAAAAUUGGUCACAGAAACUUUAAUAGGAGAAGCUGCGAAACAGACUGGGAUAAAAGCGAAGGUACUGAGAGUAGGCCAAAUUGUUGGGGAUACGACUGAGGGAAUUUGGAAUAGCACAGAGGCUAUCUCUCUGAUGAUAAGAAGUGCAACGACGCUAGGUGCUUUACCGGCUCUACAAGAGGUGAGACUAUCCAUUUUUUACCCACUUUGAUACCAAUACUAACAGCAUAUAGACGCCUUCUUGGUUACCCGUGGAUAUUGUUGCACAAGCGGUUUUGGAUCUUGCAGGUUUGCAGGAGCCUUCGUCAAGGGAGUCCACGCAAGACUCGGAUCCAGAAGACAUCGUCUACCACGUGCAAAACUCCCACACAUUCUCCUGGACCAAUGACCUAUUACCGGCAUUGAAGGCGGCAGGGUUGGAAUUUAGUGUUGUCGGCCAAAGAGAAUGGGUUAAGCUACUAAGGGAAGGCGAGCAAGAUCCAGAUAAGAACCCAACGAUAAAACUUCUGGAUUUUUUCACGGAAAAGUAUGAUAAUGAUAGGCCUGGCCGACAGGGACUUGUAUUUCAAACAGAAAAAACAGGCGAAAAAUCUGUGGCUAUUAAAAAUGGAUUUGAUAUUGUGGGUAGUGGGCUAGUCAAGAAAAUUGUUGAUAGUUGGAGGAAGGAAUGGUGAUUCCUCUGAUGUACCGUUACUGUAUUCUUCAUUUUUCUAGAUACUCCGGUUUAGUUUAUGAUUAUCAAUCCACGAAUUUUAAAAGGACAUUGAAAUGUGGCACAAAGCUUCUCGUGUAUUCGUCAUCACACUUUUUUUAUGCAACGCUGUUAUCUUUCACGCAACCCCUCUUCUGCCCCCAUGCUCUGACUUAACUAUUGAAAAACUUGGCACCUUCUGUUCCCGUGCUCUGGCUUAAUCACCACCACUGAAAAACCUGGCAGUUCCCGACGGGGUCGACGAUCAGCUCCAUUUUCCGGAGUUGUACCGGGUUAAUGGAUAUGAAUUGAUCAGAGUGUGUGUUAGGGUAG